UCUCCACAUCAUAUUCAAGUAUUGUACACAGAAAAUUUGGGAAAAAUUCAACCAAAAAUUUAAAGUAAUUAAGAACAACUUUUGCAAGACAAAAUCUUUAGUAAAUCGAAAUUAGAUAAUGUCGAGGCUUACAUUAGCUGCGGAGGAUGUACGCGAAGGAAGUGUGGCACAGGCACGUGCGCAUAAUGCCGUGAUUUGUAUUCCGCCCCGUCAGGCUCCACCCACUCCACCGGCAGCACCACUCGCCCAGGAAGGCUCUGCUCCCGCGCUGCUGCCCAUCCUCGACUAUUUGCGUGAGCUGCUGAUCAAUCCCGAACCCUUGGACCUCACACUGGACAUUGCCGACCACAGACACCUGCUGUACGAGAGCAUCCUCAUGGUUGUGGACAUACUAAGCAAUGUGAUUGAGGCAAUGGCAAGGCAUGCCCUCUUGAGUCUGGAUGACCAGUAUAACUUCCUGAGAUUGUGCACACUGUACUUUGCGGCCUACGACAUAGAGAACUCUCUACGCCGCACCAUGGACGCAUUGGGAAACUUUGAUAUUCCGACCGAUAACUAUUCGGUUUAUACGUGGCCCCGGCACUAUGCAGAGGUGACACUUGGCACAAAUUCUGCCCAAUCCAGUCCAUAUCUCUGGCGGAACGCGUACCUCUUUACACCCCACCUGGGACCACAUUACUUUGAAAGAGGCCUGGGACACCGAGAUGCGCUCAUGGCGACGGGAUACUGGAAUGAAAAUGACGCACCCGACAACGAGGCGGAAGGCCAUAACAAUGGCGUUUCGGAAGAAGACGAAGACGAGAACAAUGAAGAAUAUGAGGCUCCUUCUUGCAUGGUGAACGAAAAUAUCUAUGUACCUCCGCGACAUUGAGGACAUUUAACACUUGUUUUCGAUCCCUGUAUAAAUCUAAUGUAGUUCUGUAUCUAGUAA